AUGGAAAUGGUGACCGUCGUUCCUCGACAGCGGCUAGAGGGCCUUGAAUUGCUUGGAGGACCAACAGAGGCGAUGGUACCGCCCCGGCGAUGCAUGCUACCAUUCUGGCUUGCUCUCCUGCUAAAACGACAACGCCGUGUUAAUAUACUGGCUCCCUCGUGGCUUGCCUUGGAGUCACUGUCCUCAAUUCUCGAAAUAGAGACCAGGCAAACAGAACAAUUCUGUCGACCGCCUACUCUUCUAUCUCCCGCACAGGAUGGAAACACGGGUGCCAGACAGCAAAACCGCAGCCACCGAACUCCUCGCCAUCGUUAUGAUAUGGAUGGGAAAAAAUACACCCCGACACCUCCAUUUUUACUUCAAAAUACCGUGGACGUUGAUCAGAUCGAGGAAAUCCAACAAUCAUUGCCUUAUCACUGGCUUGAGCUUGCGACUAUGCUUCUCGAUGUGGCAAGUGAUGAUAUUCAGGACUCUGAUCAAGUACGCCGCUGCAUACGGGACCUUCGAGAGGUGAGAAUGUCGAAGAUGCGUCAUUUGAUGGAAGGGCUAGAUGCCACUGCAGUUGGAGGCGGGGACGGUCUGAAAUUGACUGGCGUUGGAGCGAUGGAAAUCGGUGAAGCAAGAGGGUUUAUAGCUGGUGCUGCUGAGGCUCUGAGGCAAUUAGGGGCUUCGAAAGAGGAAGCUUUGAGAGAUCAGACAACAGAGGAGGGCGGAGGCGAAGGCGAAGAUCUUCAAUUCGGUGGAAAGAAUGAUUACGAUGACGACAUGGAUUUGGAGUUAUAA